GCUUGUUUAGGAAAAUGGAAAAUGGAACGCUUAGAGAAGCGCCGGCCCAAGAAUACAGUUAUUAGAUGGAAAUGAAAUAGAAAGUGUACAUGUACAAGUUCUGAGAAGCUAGAUAACAACCCUUGUUGAGUAUGUUGACUUUCUAGUGAUAUAUCUUUUUUCUCAAGCCAAUACACGACUUACCUUCUCCAUUAAACGAAGCCGCCAGUCACUGGCGAGUCACAACAUGGGCCUCUCACAAUCAGCCCUCGAGCCGAGUCCUGGUAGCGAGGUUCGCUUCCACUACGCUCUACUGCGAGCUCGGACUCCUGGAGGGGACAACAGCGAUCAACCAUCUCUGCUCGCGCUGGAGUACUAUCCCACGAAGGGCCUUGGAUUCCAGUUGUGGCCAGCAGCUUUCGCCUUAGCCGAUUACGUCGAACGGCAUCUGCUGCUGCCUCUGCACAACUUAUCGAGCAAUGCAGCGAGAACCGAGCGGCAGUCGAGUCAGAGAGGUGCAAAGGAUGUUGAACAGUAUGACGGGAGUAUUUGUUGAUAAGUUGUACCAACUGAAUGUUACUGUGUCAAUCUUCUGUGUUACUUCUAGCUUACGCUUAUUUAGAGGGUUCUUUAAUAUGGGAGUAGUUCAACUUGUUUCUAGAACGCCUUCGACAUGCAUUCCCCUCCUCCCUUCUCCCGACUUCAAUAUCGCAUCGAGUUUGAGAUAUUACGAAAGGGCACGAAGUUGGAAAACCUCGAUCGCUCGCUUCCAUCGCCUACCUGCGUCAGUGAAGUAGAGCUGACCAUGGCUGCCUCUCCGAACAAACCGGAAGCAAAUACCAACCCACAGUUUGCACCACAAGGACAAGAGCAACCACAACCUUCGUCUCUUCCUUCAUCUCUUCCUUCAUCUCUUCCUUCAUCUCUUCCUUCAUCUCUUCCUUCAUCUCUUCCUUCAUCUCUUCCUUCAUCUCUUCCUUCAUCUCUUCCUUCAUCUCUUCCUUCAUCUCUUCCUUCAUCUCUUCCUUCAUCUCUUCCUUCAUCUCUUCCUUCAUCUCUUCCUUCAUCCCUUCCUCCUCCAGCAUCAACAAGUAGUUCUUCCGCAAGCCUCUCGUUCCUAGAGAUAGGUUGCGGCAUAUGUGCUCUGGCUUCACAGGUGUGUGCACAGUACGGCCAUGAUGCUCUAGCAACGGAUGACCUCAUGGUGGUGCAGAAUAUGCUUCCGAAUUUGACCCUGAACAGGCCAAAGAAACUCAAAGCAGUCGCUGCAAACUGGUACGCAGACGCAGAAAUAAAAGCAAUGCUGUCGUGGAAGAAAGUACUGUUGAAGUACCAAGAGAUUUUGUGCAUUUUUUUCUUUGGAUAGAGAACAAUGGCUACGACGCAACGUCUCAACCACCACAACUGUUUCGCAUUGAUUUGUAUCGUCAAAACUGUCACUGUCACAUAAGUACAAACAUUCACCUCCACACUGACUGAAAAAUAACAUCCAACAUGACAGGUAGAUUACAUCCUAAUGUCCGAGGUUGUUUACUUCCCGUCGCUGUUCCAACCUUUGCUAGACGCUUUGACGCUGAUCCUCAACGCGAAGCACUACAAUGUCCCAGCAUCUGAAGCAGAACCGCAGGUUUCUCCGGCUCAAGUUGGUGCUAGCCAUGUCGGUGGAGGUAGCUUGCCACAUGGAGAGUCCACGUCAACAGUUUCAUCCUCAAGUACUAGUUCGUCAAAGCCUUCUAGUAGUUCUUCGCGAAAAGGUAGUUUUUCUACUUCAAAAUCUUCUAAGACGACUCCUAGAAGAGAACCAGUCAUAAUAUGGGCCAACAGCACUCGCUUCCCGGACUACAAGCCGCCACUAGACGAGUUCAUAAAACUUGCGACGUCCUCAAAGUACAACUUUGAGGUGGAGGAAUUGUAUCGCGUUCGGCAGCGGGACGUAGAUUUGCAUCAAAAUGUCUCUGCGAGUAGGGACCACAGAUCGUCGAUGCCUAGUCCUGUAGGCAGCUCUGAGCCUCCGAUAAAGCUGAAUAUGGUACCCGAAGAAUAUUGUGUCAUACAUCGUAUGGUGCGGCGGAAGAAGACGAAAACCUAAAUACGACAGUAGUUUCUGGCUUUGAAGUUUUGAAGAUUGCGACUUAAUUUUGAACUCGUUCCAGCGAAGACUUGUUGUGCUGAGACCUGCUUGAGAAUUUGCUCUUGCAUCUUCUCCAUUGUGUGAAGAACUGAGUUUCCUCAUUACUUAUACGCCCAGUUGUGGCUUGGUUCUAUUCUACGGGAGCCAAAGACUCGUUUAUUCUACUCACGCGUUCUUUUUGAAUUCAUCUACAGUAGACAAGCGCUCUCUAAUUCUCGGGGUUUUCAAGAACAAUUUUGCACAAUGCAUUGGUGAAUGACGCCGUGCGGCAGUCCGCACUGAAUUCUGUGCGAGAUUAAUUGUAUUGUAUAAACCAGCAUAGCCCGCCUUUGAUGCCAUGAC